GAUACUGCGCCAUUCGAUCAGCCAUACAUUCAUCCAUUUCUACUGCUGUUGCUGCAUUCAAACAAUAUGGGUAAUUGUGGUACUCGCGAAGAAUCUGCUGUUGUUUCAGAUGCUCAUCAUCAAGUUAAGCAGCUACAAGUGGUAUCUGGUAAACAUUCGGGUCUGGAGAAGAAGCAUAGUCGGUCGAUUUCGGAUCUGAGUGAUCCUUCUACACCCCGUAACAAUGUCAACGUUAUUGAAGAUUUAAGAAAUAACUCGCUGCUGUAUACUCAUGUCAUUGCGUUCACGUUGUUUGAGCUUGAGACCAUUACCAAGAGCUUUAGGUCUGACUACAUUCUCGGGGAGGGCGGCUUCGGGACUGUUUACAAGGGUUAUAUUGAUGAGAAUGUCAGGGUUGGUCUCAAAUCUCUGCCUGUUGCUGUUAAGGUUCUCAACAAGGAGGGUCUUCAGGGACACAGAGAAUGGCUUACCGAAGUUAAUUUUCUUGGUCAGCUCAGGCAUCCCAAUUUGGUGAAAUUGAUUGGAUAUUGCUGUGAAGAUGAUCACAGAUUGCUUGUUUAUGAGUUUAUGUUUCGAGGAAGCCUUGAAAAUCACCUCUUUCGAAAAACAAGUGCACCAUUAUCAUGGUCAACAAGAAUGAUGAUUGCUCUUGGGGCCGCAAAAGGCCUUGCCUUUCUUCACAAUGCUGAACGGCCUGUAAUAUAUAGGGACUUCAAGACUUCUAACAUUUUGUUGGACUCAGAUUAUACAGCUAAGCUAUCUGAUUUUGGUCUUGCAAAAGCUGGACCACAAGGGGAUGAGACACAUGUAUCAACAAGGGUUAUGGGUACCUAUGGUUAUGCUGCUCCUGAAUAUGUUAUGACUGGACAUCUUACAGCAAGAAGUGAUGUAUACAGCUUUGGAGUCGUUCUUCUGGAGUUGUUGACUGGAAAGAAGUCGGUGGACAAGACGAGACCAAGCAAGGAACAGAGCCUGGUGGACUGGGCUCGGCCAAAACUGAACGACAAAAGGAAACUGCUGCAAAUUGUAGACCCGAGAUUGGAAAGCCAGUAUUCAGUGAGGGGAGCUCAGAAAGCUUGCAGCUUAGCGUACUACUGCUUAAGCCAGAAUCCAAAAGCAAGACCGCUAAUGAGCGAUGUUGUUGAGACCUUAGAGCCUCUACAAAGCAGCAGCAGCAGCAGUGGAAACGAAGUGUCUUUAUCGUCUUCGAUAAUGGGGGUGGGGGUGGGACGUCCGGCUUACCAGAUGCAUCACAAGUUUGUUCAAAGCGUAGGAGCUGGUGCUGGCUGCCGAUCUGCAAACCCCAACUGUUCUCCAGGAACCCCUACUGCUUGCCGGAUUCAAUCAUCUUGCUCGACUCGAAGUGGCAUCUGUGAUAGUAAUGUGAUAUCCAAUCAUCUUACUCGACUUGAAGUGUUAACUGUGAUAACAAUGUGAUUAUCCAUCAACUUCUACAUAUCGAUUUGAAACAUUACUUGUGAUAAUCAUG